AUGGAGCAAAAGUUGGAUACCAAAGCCCCGGAGUAUGUUACUUCCAUCGAGUUUGUUCUAUGGUCAAAACGCAGCCAAGACCGUGAAUAUCUAGGCGAAAGUGUAUACUAUCUGGGCGAUUGGUGUAAAACGGAGAACCAGAAGGUAGACUGGGCAGCAACUCUGCCUGUAUGGCUCCCUCUUUUAUCACGCGAUGGGAAAUCCAUUGGAAAGCUACAGGUUCGUGUAGGCUUGGAUUUGAAUCCCGAGGGUCAUGUGAAAGAUACCAUGGUGUUGUAUCAAGCAAUGUGUCAAGCGGUGGAAGAAGCAGGGGAUGUAAGCAUUUUCGAUGUGCCUGCGACGGAGACAAUUGGCAUGGUAGAAGAAGAAGAAGAAUUCUCUGACGAUGGUAUGACAGAGUCAGAUUCCGAUGACGAGGCAGGUGGCUCGUUCGAUACAGAUGACAUGGACUCUAUGGGGCCAUCCUCGGCUCAUUCAGAUGCGCCAUUGGAACCAGAACAACUUCCCAUGACGAAACUGCAAAUGGAACCUGUACGCCGUGAGUCCAUCCGACGUGAUGGCGUCCAUUCCGACUCGGAAAGUACGCCACGGCGUAGAUUACUUCCGCUCCGUGGACGCCGCAAGAAUAGGGAAAGAGCCUUGUCCUCUGUCACGCCUACAGACUCUCAGGCGGACAGUGAUGCAGAAGGGUCAUCAGAUGGGGAGGCAGUACGACGACCAUGGCGCCCUAGGAUCCGCAAACUUCGGGCAACGACCAAAACAGAAGCGGCAGAGGUGUCAGAAACCAGCUCAAAAACGUCUACCACCCGUCGCAGUCGGAAACAGGCCAAAAAGGCAAGAAAAGCAGAGCUGAAGAAGCAAAAAGGCACGUUUUCUUUCAAGGCAGAAAUUGGCCAUGAAGUGCUAGGCAUUGUCAUGUUGGAGGUCGUCAGUGCCAAAAACCUACCGCGAUGGCGGAACAUGACAUAUACCUCUUUCGAUAUGGAUCCUUUUGUGGUCGUAUCCUUUAAUCGCAAAGUUUUCCGCACUCGUGUAUUACGCCAUACGCUUAAUCCUGAAUGGCGCGAGAAGCUCUUUUUCCAUGUUCGCAGCAGCGAACGAAGCUAUAACAUCCGCUGUGCCGUCUACGAUUGGGACAACAUAUCCGCCAAUGAUUACGUCGGAGAAUUGAGCUUAGAUGUAACAGAUAUUAUGGAUCAUGCGCCACGACCGCAUCCAGACACAGGCCUGUACGAUAUGGAUAUGCUUGAAACCAUGGGGAUGAUGUCAUAUGACCUCCCAUUGAAGCGAGAAGAUCGCAAUGAAGAUACCAAAUUUGGACCAGAACGGCCCACACUGCAACUGAAAGCUUCCUAUCAGCCAUACGAGGCAUUACGCCAAAAAUUCUGGCGCGAAAUGCUUCGUAUGUAUGAUUCGAACAAUACAGGCGGUAUUGACGCAGAUGAAUUGCAGUCCAUGGUUCUAUCGUUGGGAGGCACACUCUCCCAAGAAACCAUUAUGAGUUUCUUUGAGCGGUUGGGAAAAGAUGCGCAGAAUGACGAGCUUACAUUUGAAGAAGGCAUAGGUGUUCUAGAAGAGGCGAUCAAGACGCCAUGGGACCAGCGCCGCAAAUAUCUUGACCUCGACGAUGUGGAUGACGAUGAGGAGGACGGUGCAGAGACGCCUUUGAAGGAGACGACUACGAGUGUAGAGCGUGUGAUCCGGUUACAAACGUGUCCGCUGUGCGGUAAGCCACGUCUAUCGAAUGCCGAUGAAAUGGACAUUGUGACGCACUUGGCACUAUGUGCGAAGCGCCAGGGUCGAGCUGUCGACGACAUCAUGGUCUCCAGUUUUGUCACAGCUACACAGGCUCGUCGCAAAUGGUACACGAAUGUAUUUACAGUACUGAGUCAAGGACACUAUCGCCUUGGUGCGAAUAGUGCUAACAUAUUGGUGCAGGAUCGGCUCACAGGCCAGCUGGUCGAAGAAAAAAUGCAGGUAUAUGUGCGGCUGGGAAUCCGUUUGCUCUACAAAGGUGUGCAAGGAAAGAUGGCAGGAGCGCGAGCGCGGCGUAUGCUACGCAAUAUGACCUUCAAGCAGGGCCAAAAGUACGAUCAGCCGAGUAGCACUCGAGCCAUUCGGCCGUUUAUUGCGUUCCACAACAUCAACGAGGGCGAAAUGGUGGAGCCAGUAGAGGCAUUCACAACGUUCAACGACUUUUUCUGCCGGCGUAUUCACAUGUCGCUUCGACCAGUAGCAGACCCAGAUGAGCCCAGUACGAUGGUAAGCUGUGCGGAUUGUCGGCUGCUUGCCUUCCCUUCCGUGGAGCGUGCUACACAGUUGUGGAUCAAAGGCCGGCAGUUUACGGUUGACAAGUUGUUGGGUGCAGCUGCUGCACAGCAUUUACCAUCACGGUGUGCAUUGACCAUUUUCCGCUUGGCACCACAGGAUUACCAUCGCUUCCAUUCGCCUGUCGAUGGGCGGAUAGGGACGCCAACGUAUAUCGAUGGCGAGUACUACACUGUGAACCCCAUGGCAAUCCGAAGUGCCAUUGAUGUGUAUGGAGAGAACGUGCGGACAGUUCUGCCGAUCUAUACCCGGGAAUUUGGUCUGGUAUACUUGGUCGCCAUCGGUGCGAUGAUGGUCGGUUCCAUUGUCCUCAGUGUGAAGCCAGACACAGAAAUCCGGCGUGGAGAGGAGCUGGGCUACUUCAAGUUUGGAGGCAGUACCCUUGUCCUGCUUGUCGAUGGUAGCCGCAUCCAGUGGGAUGAUGAUCUCCUGCUCAAUGCCGAUACCUGCAUCGAGACGCUCGUCCAAGUCGGCAUGCGCAUUGGUGUCGCGCGCGUGUGA